UUAUCUUCUAGUUGAUGCAUUGCCUUUCAACAUCUUACAUACCUACUUCCAUCAUCUCUAUCAUUUAGUCAUCUAGUAACAAUACACCUUUCAAAUGUCUGACACUAUCUACAAGACCUACAUCUAUUAUCGACUGUGACAAUACUAAAUAUUUCAAGCUAUUAUUUCAGACGCUCAAGGAAUGACUAAUAGAGCUGAUACCCCGAACAGAGGAGCACAAGCGCUGAAUCGCUGCUCUUCAAUCCUACAUUCCAAAAGAGAACCAUGAUCGAGAACCAACCAACAUCCGCUAACCAGAUUUCCUCCUCUACCGAUAUUAUUAUGACACAUACUCCGUCCGAUUCCGACUUAUGAAGACAAAGGUCCUUACCAUUCACGGCGAUUCCAACCAGAAUACAACGGCACCGCGGACUUUGGCAAAUGCCCGUGUGAGCCGGCCCAACGGGAUCCAUCGUCACGGCAAAAGCAGUCACUGCCUUGCAACAUGCGUGACUCCAACUUUUUUAUCCAUCCAAUGUCGCCUAUUCGAUAACUCUUUGAGAUGGGGUGUUGACGAGACGCAACUCAUUGAGAUCGUGAGCACUCAUAACCACGGUUGCCACGACUUAAUCGAAAUUCCCUUGCCUGUGACCCCCAACAGAUCGAUGAUACGAGCUUUCGGCAAACCUACAGGUGUUCUCUAUGUGUCGGGCGCCGUGCGGGGAAAACACGAAAACAUGGCUUCUUACGCGUAUCUACAGAUUUUCGAAAUUAUCUGCAUUGGAGUAUCCUGUGGUAUUGUUUCUUCGGAUCUGUUGGCUUUUUUGAUGCAAUAUCUACAUGCAGAAUCAAACAUCGUGGAGAACACCCAUUCGAGAACGCUGACAUCGCAGCCUCCUGAGUAUCUCGUCAAAAAACACAGCUAUGCUCAUCUCGAGCAACGACUUGAAUUCUUUCUGUCUUCUGAGCGUCAGAAAGAGUAUUAUCGUAGUCAAACCUUCGACGGCGACGCGUGUAAUACGACGUUCUGUUAGCAAAUCGACUCCGGCCACGUCAAGAACAACUCUCUUGUGGUCUCGUUACACUGCCUACUCGC